ACGCGGGGCCAUGUGGGCGGCGGCGGCGGCGCGGGGGCUCCGCGGGGCCCGGCUCAGCUCCUGGCUGCCCCAGAGCGUCCCGCUCCGAGGGAGUCACUGGCAGAGCUCAUUGCUGGGGUUCAGGACAUCCCUCCCUGUGAGAGCACAACCAAAGAAGAAAAAGAAAGUGGAUGUGAAGAAAGAGCAAGCACAGAAGGAGCGUAUGAAGAAAAAGCUUAAAAAGUUGGAAAAAGCUGCCCCAGAACUGAUUCCAAUUGAGGAUUUUAUAACCCCACUGAAGUACACAGAGAACAACAGGGUGCGCAGUCUUCCCGCUCUGUCUCCUGAAGAGUCUGAAAGAAGAGUUUUACUUCUGAAGAAGUGGUGUUUGUUUAAGCAGAAACAAGAUGAGGCAGAAAAGAAAGCAAUUCAAGCCCUGGUAGAAUCUCAGCAGGAGGCUCUGAGGGAGCUGCAGCUGGAAUCUGAGGAGCUGUACCAGGCAGCGAUCCUGAGGGACGAGGGGCUCUUCCCCUUCGAGAGGGAGGGGCCCACUUACACCCCUCCCCUUCCUGGCUACGAUCCCCCCGAGGGGAAGUGUGUGGACAUCACCAAGGUGUACACACAGUGACAGGGGAGCUCCUGCUUCAGUGCCAGGAGGUGCUCAGUGACUGGAGGAAGAAUGGAGUAAUAAACAAUUUUUCCUGCAGGUUACAACACUGCAGGAUGUGACUGUAAAAUAAUAAAUGAAGUAUCUCUGUGUUUUAAUGAUGAUCCACCUAGCAAAGCUACUUGACCUUAAAUCGUAGCAAAGCCAAUUUUUAAAAAAUUUUCUUAUAUUGCCAUGUAACUGUUGUAACUAUGCUUCUGUGAGUUUGCCCCAAUACAAACCAGAUCUCUCACUA